AUUUUACGAAAUUAUUGGAACUGCAACUUUUAAAUAGGCAUUUUCUUCCUCUUCCCAUGCGCUUGGUGACCGGUAGAAAUAAGUCGCUUUUUCCUGUUGCACUGUUUGAAGGGUAUCCAUGCGACCGUUAUUUGGCAGAUGGACGGAGUUGCUGGUUCCUUGCAUUUCUUAGCCAGCCCCAAUCUCACCACAGUGAACUGAAUGGAGGAACCUGCUCCCCGGGUUUUAGGUAGUGGAGCGAGUGGCAGCAGUCAGUACUGUGGUGGAGAGGGCAGAGUGAAGACCACGCACGAGCAGCGACAGAAAAAUUCAGUCCAAAUUUUGAAAAGCAAGCCCCCACCACGAGGACUGCUGGCGACUAUGGAUCCCUUACCCGCUGCUUCCCCCUCUUCUGUCCUGCGAGAUUUGUCCCUUUCGUCCCCCGCCACGAUGAAGCGACCCGACUUUGAGAAACCGAUUCGGUACGCACUGGCGAAACGGCGAAAAACGCUCCAAGAUGAUGGAGCAAAGGCUGCUGAAGACGGUGAAGAUACUGCUUGUGCUACUGCUACUGCUACUGCCGUCGUAGUGAAGGAGAGCAUUGUGGUUUCCUGUUCCACACCCCCGCCAAGGUCAGCUAUAAGCCAACUUGUGAACGAGACGAUUGCUAGUACUUUCGCGUCUCCAUCGAAAAUUACUGCUCCGCUGAUUUUUGGAAAGCGGCGAGCAAACAGCUGUACUCCACUCUCUCCGAUCCAAGUUCCGUCGGAUGCAAGCCCAGCUAAGACUGCAAAGACAACCAUUGAUGAGGAAAAGACAUUGGUACGGGCACAAUCUGAGUCUGCUAUGACUAUCAAGUCUGCUGUUGAGCGAAUCAACAGUGAGCCCAAGCUUGUCGGUGAUGGGUCAAAACUUCACCUUCUCCCGAUCAUGGAAGAAGGGAAGCACAGUGACUUGAAGGAGAUUACCGGUAAGAGUUUGGUCGCAUUGCUGGAAGGGGAGUACAGUACUGAGGUCAAGAGCUUUGAAAUCGUGGACUGUCGCUAUCCAUAUGAGUUCAAUGGAGGUCACAUCGUGAAGGCGGUAAAUCUUCAUACAAAGCGGCAAAUCUACGAUCGAUUUUUUGGCGAUGGACGGGGUUCGGAAGAUGCUGAGAACGAGGGGAAACGGCACCUUGUCAUUUUUCAUUGCGAAUUUUCUUCUCAGCGAGGCCCGGAAAUGUGCCGGUAUGUUCGAGAUUGUGAUCGACGAGUGAACGAGUAUCCAAAUCUGCACUAUCCGGAGAUUUACGUUCUUUACGGAGGAUACAAGCUGUUCUUUCAUCAGUUCAAGUCUUACUGCAUUCCGCAACUCUACUUGCCCAUGCUGGAUGAGGACUACGUGGAUGAGUACCGCUACUACAAGAACUUGUCGAAGAGCCAGGCCAUGAAGCCAAAGAGCGUCAGCGGUCGUAAGGAAAUUGUGAAGAGUCUACGGGCAAAUAGCACAAAAAAGUUGUGCCUUGAUCAUUUGUAACGUCAGGCACCAGCCAGACAAUACAAACAAAAAACAUACUACGAAUAUUAAUCAUUAAUCACAAUUACCACCAACCCAAAAAAACAGCAGAUCUCUAUCAUGAAACUAUUUUUUGUCACUUCGAAAUAUAAAUUUGAAAACUUAGUGCAUGUUUUUUGCAACCACUGCCACUAAAUUGCACAACCAUAAAUGUGUUCAAUCAAUGUUCCUAAAUUAGUUUGUUAAACGAUUUGGCUAUUGUCAGUCAGUCAUAAAUAUUUAUUAUGAUUAGAGUAUUUAAGUUCAAAGUCUUUUGUUUGUUUUUUUUACUUUAAUUCUGUAUUUUUUUAAACAUGUAUUGAGUGCAAAUUUUUUUUUUACAAUAAUCGAGAUAUAUAGCUAUUUACAAGAUAAAGAAAAGCAGCAGGAAGAGUUGAUUGUACUUACUUGCAAUCAGUGAUGCAACAAUUAAUUAGCUAAAUUAACUUAUAAAUUGAAUCAUGCCAUAACCAUAUAUUCGAUAUGUAUUAUUAUGACCCCACUACCACCAGUAUAAAUUAUUAUGUUUUUGUCAUUGUAGUUUUAUGAUAUGUAUGUCUUCGCCAAGGUAUAGAGCUUAAAGAGAGAGAGCAAUAUGAAUAAAUUGGGUGUGAUAUUGUUAAAAUAAUACAGUUUACUAACUGCAUGUGUAGUAGAAGUAGCCUCAUUAUAAUAUCAGAAUCAAUUGCUAGUAUUAUGAUUUUGUUGAUCAAAAAUGCAAUUAUUAGUGAAAUUGGUAAGUUCUCAUUUACAGAUAUUUAUAAUUUUGCAAUGUGCCAUGGGGAGAAGUACCAAUUUAUUAUAUUCUAUUAGAGAGAAAGAGUGACAGAGGUAAAAAAAACUAAGGAUACGCGAGAAAACGAGUUUAUUAUAGAUGACUUAAAAAUUGGAACUAUUUUAAUUGUAAGAAAGAAUGCUAAGAAAUUAAGUAGUAUUUACAUAUUUUAUAUAUUUUUACAACGAGAGACAUAGUUUAAAAAUGUGUACAUGGUUUGUCAAAAAAUCCUCCGGUGUACACAACCACUGGUUUGACUUGUGCAGAUUGGAUACAACUAUUGAGAUUAAUAUUAAAUCAUUGCAUACAAUUUUUACCAGCACUACCGCAAUCACACACUGCAGUAUAUUACCCAGAAAAAAAAUGUUGAUUUUUGAAAUUUAAUUAUUGAAUAAAGUUUCCAGAAAGUAGUUUAUUUUUCCGACAA